GAUGGUCCGCAAACAAGAGCAUGAGAAGAAACGCAAAGAGAUCAAGGAGCAGUGGCUGAAGGCCAAAAGAAAACUGAUGGAGUGUGACGUGAACCUGCGCAGGGCUAAACAGGUCUACAUGACCCGCUGUGAAGAGUACGAUAAAGCCAGGACAGCGGCGAACAGGGCCGAGGAGGAAGGUGGCAGUGCCACCACCAAAACACUGGACAAGAAGAAACGACUGGAGGAAGAGGCCAGAAACAAGGCUGAGGAGGCAGAGGCCACAUACCGAACCUGCAUCGCCGAUGCCAUCACUCAACACCAGGAGCUGGAGCACAUGAAGGUCACUGUCCUGCGGGGGAUACAAGAGGUCAUCAAGCAGACCGACCAGACCAUUCGAUCUGCCACCAUCUCCUACUACCAGAUCAUGCACAUGCAGACGGUCGCGCUGCCGGUUCACUACCAGACACUGUGCGAGAGCAGUAAACAAUACGACCCGGGACAGCAGUACGGCACCCACGUCAAAGACCUUCAGAUGAGCGAAGAACCUGAGACGCAUUAUGAGUUUGAGUCCUACUCUGCCUCCUCCGUCCAGCAGUCGGCUAGGCCGCGCACCGACAGCGCUAAUGCUGAAGCUCAGAGCAGUGCUGAGGUGCCACAAACUGCAGGAGAGGCUGGAGACACGAGCAGCUCACAGAAAGAUGAACAGAAGAGGGCUCGAGGUCACAUGACUCACAAAUCCUGGGGCUCCACAGUGAGUGACACAGAUAGUGUAGGAGGAGGAAGUGGCCUGGAAUCCCCGACUACCAGCACAGGUGAUAUUAGUAAAAUGACCAGGACGUCAUCUACAGGAACCAUGUCAUCAAAUGAAGAUGUAGAUGAGAAAGACGCAAACGUUACUUCCUUUGAAACGCCAAAUAUAAACGGCAUUGAGCCUGAGAUUGCAGUGCACACUGGGCCCUUCAGGAACAUUGGCUUAUCAAAAGCCGCUCAAACGCACAAACUGCGUAAACUGCGCUCUCCAUCCAAAUGCAGAGAAUGCGACAGCUAUGUUUAUUUCCAGGGAGCCGAGUGUGAAGAGUGUUUCCUGGCUUGUCACAAACGCUGCUUGGAGACUAUAGCCAUUCAGUGUGGCCACAAGAAGCUCCAGGGCCGCCUUCAGCUGUUUGGGCAGGAUUUCUCGCAGGUGUCCAGCAACAGUCCUGAUGGGAUCCCCUUCAUCAUCAAAAAGUGCAUCGCUGAGAUAGAGAGACGAGCUUUAAGGAUGAAGGGCAUUUAUCGAGUGAAUGGAGUGAAGACGCGGGUGGAGAAACUCUGUCAGGCAUUUGAGAACGGCAAAGAGCUGGUCGAACUGUCACAGUCAUCUCCACAUGACAUCAGUAAUGUCCUGAAGCUUUACCUGCGACAGCUUCCGGAGCCGAUCAUGCCCUUCCGCCUCUACAACAGUCUCAUGGGUCUGGCCAAGGAAAGUCUGGCUGUUGUGGGCCCAGAGGGAGCUGACAGUGGUAAAGGACCAGACCUGGUGGACCUCGGGCCUGAGACGGACCCUGAACUCUUGGUCCUCGUGGACAGACUUAAAAAUCUCCUGAAAGAGCUGCCCAAACCAAACACCGCUACGCUCCGCUACUUAGCGCGUCACCUGAGGAGGAUCGCAGAACUGGAAGAUGACAAUAAGAUGAGUCCCAGUAAUCUGGGUAUUGUGUUUGGCCCGUCACUGAUGCGGCCCAGGCCCUCGGGAGCCACAGUGUCUCUGUCCUCUCUGGUGGAUUAUCCAUAUCAGGCCCGCAUAGUGGAGACCCUCAUUGUGUUUUAUCCCUCCAUUUUUCAUGCAGAGUCCAGUCGGCCUGCAAGCAGCAGCACCCGCACACAGUCUCUACAGCAGAGCAGCAUUGAUGAAGAGCGCUGCUCUAAUGAUGAACACAGGCUCCCAGAUGAACCUGCAGCUGCUGAAUCAGAAAAGCUGGAGGACCAAGCAGAGAGUUGUACAGGAACCCCAGACUCUCUGGAGCACAGUCUGGACUUGGAUUCAGACCCAGACCCAGAGGCAGAGCAACCUGACAAUGACACCUCCACCCAAAGCAGGCCAGCUGUGCUCCUGGUGACCCUGCAGAGCUCCAGCGCUGACCCUCCACCUGCUCUCCCUGAGAGCGAACCACCAGAGCUGGAUGACCAGAGCCACUCACUAGCAGCGCUCAACAUCAACCAGACUAACAACAACACCAAAACACUCACCUCCUGAGCCCAUCCGUCAAACCUUUGUGUUUUUAUAGACCACUUUUAAUAUUUAACAGCCUUAUACUCUUGGUUCAUUUUAAAUCUCUUUAGCUUUUAUUUUUUUGCCAAACAGUGAUCCGGGCAUCAUCAACCCAUCAUGCAUUGUAUGUUUUGAGGUUUUAUGCUUGUCUUUUAAUAUUAAUAAUAAUAAAAAAACAAAUGAUUUAAGAACCAUCAGUAACUGUCUUGAUGCAAAACGACUGGACGUCAUGGUAAUAUGCAAAUGACAUUAAACCAUAGCCAAUGAGGAUGUGGUUGUUCAUAUGGGUGA